AUGGAAAUGUUAAGGGAAGGAGGUUCUACUAGUCGUCCACCCAUGCUAGAGGGGGCUAACUACCAUUACUGGAAAACGAAGAUGAGAGCUUUUCUCAAGGCAGUGGAUGAAAGAGUGUGGAUGGUUGUUGAGGAAGGUUGGAUCGCGCCAAGGGAAAGAGAGGACGAAAUCGAAAAACCCAAACCAAUGAGUGCCUGGACACCUGAGGAAAUUGAGCUGGCCAACUACAAUUCCAAGGCCAUGCAUGCUCUGUUCAAUGCAGUUUCCACCAAUCAAUUAAAGGUGAUCGCCAACUGUGAGGUUGCCAAGGAUGCCUGGGAGAAAUUGAGGAUCAAGAACGAAGGUACUGAUGCGGUAAAGAAGUCUCGGCUUAGAUCUCUUGCAAAGGCAAUUGAAAAUCUUUCAAUGGACGAGGACGAAACAGUUGCAGAAUUUCAUGCUAAACUCUGUGACAUCUCUAACGAGUCAUAUGCAUUAGGAAAGACGUACUCCAAUGCAAAAUUAGUUCGAAAGGUUUUGGGAGUCCUUCCACGACGUUUCAAGUCCAAAGUUACUUCCAUUGAAGAAAUGAGGGAUGUUGAGACAUUGGAUCUUGAUGAGCUGAUCGGAUCAUUACAAAACUAUGAGAUGACCUUGAAGAUGUGGAGCAAGAACAAGAAGCCAAAAGAUUCUGAGAAGGAUAAACCAGAGAGUGGUGUGGCGUUUGUUCACAAAGAAGAAAAAUCUAAAAGUGUAGAUUUGUCUGGGGACAUGUCUGAUGAAACAUUCACACUGUUGACCAAAAACUACGCCAGAUUCCUCACAAAGAACUUUAAGAAGAAUAACUAUGGAGGGAAGGAAAAUCAAAACAGAAAGCAGUUCUACAACGGUCCCAAACAAGGUCAACAACCUGAAAAGAAGAAUUGUGGAAUCAAAUGUCGUGAGUGUGAAGGUUUCGGUCACAUUCAAGCCGAAUGCGCUAACACACUUAAAAAGAAAAAGGCGUUUGCUGUAACUUGGAGUGACAGCGACGAAGAUAAAGAAGAAAACAACAGUGGCAAUUGUGAUAGAGAAAAACAAAUGGUGGCAUUUAUGGCAAGAAGCUCCAAAUCCGAAACCUCAGAGGAAGAAGAAUCAUGUGGGUCCGAUGAGGAGAGUCCCCAGAAACAAGCGGCGUAUGAGCAGAUGUUUGCUCAGUGGGGGUACAUGGCAAAAAAGACGAAAGCCCUAGAUGACCUUAACAAAAAGCUUGAAGCUGAGAAACAAGCUCUAGAAACCCAAGUACAGAAGCUCAAUAAGCAAUUGGAGGAAAAAGAGAGUGAGAUUUACAAGAUCACAGCUGAGCUUGUCCGUGCCAAGCAAUCGUUAGAGUUUAUUCCUCCUGGUACAGCCACUAUAAAUCAGACGUUACAGCUUCAGAAGCCAUAUGGUGACAGAACCUCAAUUGGAUACAAAAUGUUGUACAAAAAAGGGAAUGAUUUGUCAAUUGAGGAGCCAUCAUUCGUGACAGCCAAAUCUGAUCCAAGCGGAGAUGAGUCUAUAGGUAAGGCUGAUGGAACAGAUGUCAGCAUUAAGGACAACACUGGAGGAAGACCCAUUUCUGUACAUAAAUCAGCCCAGGGAAGUCGAUUUGUCCCCAUCUGCCACUUUUGCAAUAGACGAUCCUUACAGCAUACAUAA